AUGCGGAGGGGUUCACCGGCGGCUGUUGCUCUGCCACUGCUGGUGGCAUCCUCUGGGUGCGCCUCCUGGGCGGAGGUUCUUUCCUGCUACCGCAAAACGUGUGAGGUGCUGCGUGGCGUGUACCAGCCGACAGCCGAGGAAUUGCGCCACGGGCUCGCAAAGAUGGAGACGUCAUGGAGUGCUUCGCUCUUCUACUACGAGGUAAUUAAAGGGACGUGUGGCCACACACAACCGCCCAUGAGUCUGGUGAGUACGGCUUUGGAACGUUUUAAGCGCUGCGGCAACUUCUACGCGCUCAAACGAAUUAUGGAAGAGGAUGUAGACACCACCACAAAUGAGGGGGCGCGCUCGAUGCUGGUGUACGCCUCCUUUACCGGAAUGUGGGAGCAUGCCAUGGCGCUCUACGAGAGUAACGAACGCAUGCAGCAUAACCUGGCAGAUACGCGAACCUUGCUGAACAUAUUGGCGCCCCAUGGCCGCUGGGAACAGGCACUCCAGUUGCUGUACCGCCGGUCACCCGUUCCGCUGGAUUCCUUGUUUAUUAAACCCGUCGUCCGUUCUCUUGGGUCGGCAGGGGAGUAUGACAAAAUGCUCCGACUCGUGGCGGCCUCACUCGCUCAGGGUCACAGGAUGGACGACAACCUUUUUUCUGCCCUAGUGAAGCCACUGCAAAAGAGAGGCCACUGGCGUGCCGUCUUGGAGAUGGCGGAGGAUUUGGGCAUACUUUCCUCAUCUCGGGAGAGUACCCUUAAAAGUAUGGCAAUGUACGGUGGACUCUGCGAUUGCCUGUACUCGGCCAACCCUUACUCUACCUUUACCUUGCGUGAGGCUGUGGACGACAUUACACGUCGCAUGCACCCACGAAAGAAUUUCAUCGAGCCUUCGCAGAGAAACGAAAAGCCAUUUCGUCUCUUGCCUUCGAGUGAGUUGUUUCGCAUGCAUAGACGUUAUCUGAAUCCGCUCAGCUCCAUCUAUGUGAAACUGUUGUCCUUGAACAGGGUCCACUUUCGUCCCGUCUCUGAGCUCACGGACGAUGCUCUGAAGCACGGCGACACGCUUUUGGUUCUUGACACUAACUUUUUGCUUCAAUGCACGGCAAAAAAUUUGCCACUUAGCCAUUUCUAUCCGCCCAUGCGGAAGCAGUAUCCACAGCUCGAGGGUAAACCACUUGAGCAUGUUAUUCUGCCCUUCACCACAGUGCGUGAGAUUUACCAGCUUAUUUGGGGUCCUUCAACGCAAUUGAAACGGGCCGUGCGAAGUCUUUUGUGGUCUCGAGUGAUGACUUUUUUAAAGCAACCAUCGGUAACUGUACUGGCGUUGGCAUCUGAAUUUCCAUGCAUGUCGUUUUCGCCAAUUUCUCAUUUGGCGUAUUCGCGCCUGAAUGAGCCUGCAGAUGAGAACGAUCCUGAUCUACGCAUACUCAAUACAUGCUUGUCUCUUCAAUAUGCAUUUCGGCUAAAAAAGGCAGCCUCACUUCAGGGGGCCUCCCUCAUCUCUGAAGGGACGAUGCUUUUCUCCUUCUUGAAAUACCACGUCCGUCGCCACCACCGUGAAGUGCGAGGGAUAGCCUCCGAGUCGCUCACACUGUGUACGCUGGACAAGCGACUGUCCGCCGCGGCGGAGGAAUUGGGAGUUCAAACCUUUCCACGGUUUCACCUUUCGGAGGACGCAGCCUUUGCGCCGACGCCGACGCCGACGCCGACGAACAGUGACGUGUAG